GGCCCCCAUUCAGGCACUCGUGGAGUUCACAGAGAGCGGAGGCGCCCGUUGGGUCCCCGGCACAUCCAUCUGAGGAGGAGGGAGGACCCGCACGCGUUUUGUUUUUUGUUGUUUUUUUUUUCUCGGUACGGGAGCCGAGCGGGGACCAGCUGGUUACGCGGCGGCCGUGGGUCUCCACCCGAGAGUAUGGCGGCUGGGAUUGCACUGGUGAGCGGGGGAGAAACGGAGAUAUGCCCGAGAUGGUGAAAAAGAAACAAAGAGACGCAAGUUCUUCUAUUAAGUGUCGAAACAGUUUUGGUUUGUGCUGCUUUCCCGAGGCGGUCUGCUGCUUGAACAAUUGCGCCUGCAGUUCAUUGUAUGGGACCAAGCCAGCGUUUUUCCAGCGUCCUCGAUGGAGCAAGUUUGUUUUUUUUAUGAUGCAUAGAGAGGGAUGAGCUAAGCAGAUGAAAACCCGCACGGUCCACAUCAUCGGACGAUAUUUUCUUCCUCCCAGUGCACAUAUUGGACAGUUGCAGUCAUCGAAUGCCCGUUUAGCUGUCAGUGUCUGGCCUGCAUGGGGGAAUUUCUACAAUGAAAUCCAUCUUGGGGCACCGUGUCUUUGUGCUCUGCCAUAGCUGAGCAGCGGCGAGCAAAGACUGUGUUAUUGACAACCCGUUCAAAAUGGGACACGAAUGGUGAAUGUGUUUCGUGCGGGAACGUUUUGAGUUCAUUUCAAUGACGCGCGGAGAUUGAUACCUUACGACUUGAUUUAAUCCACGAUGCGCGAGUACAAAGUGGUGGUCCUGGGCAGCGGUGGGGUCGGGAAAUCCGCCCUCACUGUGCAGUUUGUUACCGGGACGUUCAUUGAGAAGUACGACCCAACUAUAGAGGAUUUUUACCGCAAGGAGAUCGAGGUGGACUCCUCACCCUCGGUGCUGGAGAUCCUUGACACCGCCGGUACCGAGCAGUUCGCCUCCAUGCGGGACCUUUACAUCAAAAACGGUCAAGGAUUCAUACUGGUCUACAGCCUUGUCAACCAGCAAAGCUUCCAGGACAUAAAGCCGAUGAGGGAUCAGAUCAUUAGAGUGAAAAGGUACGAGAAGGUUCCUGUGAUCCUGGUGGGUAACAAGGUGGACCUGGAAAGCGAGAGGGAGGUUUCGUCCAGCGAAGGUCAGGCGCUGGCCGAGGAGUGGGGCUGCCCGUUCAUGGAGACCUCGGCCAAGAGCAAAACCAUGGUAGACGAACUGUUCGCUGAGAUCGUUCGGCAGAUGGACUACGCCGCCCAGCCAGACAAAGAUGACCCCUGCUGCUCCUCUUGCAAUAUACAAUAGCCCCGGGGGCCUCCAGGAACAGGCCAGGCAAAAAGUCUACUUAGAAGAAGCUACUUCGACUCGCAGCGAAGAGAUGCACACUUAGACACACACACACACACACAUGCACAUGCCAAUUAAACGAAAGAUAAAUUCAUGGUUGAACGCAAUGGAUUUUAAUUCUAUGGAGCAUAAAAUCAGCAGUGACAUGAUUACUAAUAACGACAUGUGAGUCAUGAAUACAUUUUGAAUGAGGAAUGCUAGGAAUUUUGCCGCAAGAGAAAUUGACAAAUGACAAAAAGAAACAUGCCCUCGCCUUAUGUUACUCUCUUGUUUGGGUUUGUUUUUGACCUUCGAGUUGUGGGGAAAAUCUUCAGCAAAGAAUCAUAGAUCAGGAUCUUUACUCUUUAGGCUGCUCAGCAGUAUGUUCUAAUUGAGUAAUAACAGUGUGUUCUCCUGGUUUUCUUUGUAUUAGUUUGACGCAGAACACCAAGUUGCAUUUUUGUUUUCGUUACCAUGACUCAAGUGGCUGCUGUACACGAAUCCAGUAACAGAUUUAUGGGACCCAGUUGUUGAAAAUAUUAAGUAGUAUUUGAUUUACAUUAUGUACAGUUUUUUUUCUCCCAGCUUAUUUUGUGCAAUGUUUGGUUUCUGUGCUCAUCACAGGGCUGAACCAAAGAGGUGGCCUGAAAGCACCUCUGGUUAUCUUAUAAUUUCUUUCAGUCACAGAAAAAGGAAUGGAGAGAAAGUGGUAAGUGAUAAGUCAGUGUCCUUCUCAAAACAUUGGUGCAGUCAUCUCUUUCCUAUUUUCUCAUUUUGAGAUACAAUAGUAAACAUAGCAGAGUCUUUCACAUAUCGUGUGAUGUUUUAUUUUUCCUCUCUGGAAGACUUCGACAGCAGAUUGCAGAGUAAUGAUAUGACUAACUGCUUCAUCCUGAUGAGACAGAGUUCAUCCUGUCAGUGUUUGAAUAUCUCUACAGACGAUCUGUCCCAACUCUUUUCAGGAACAGGUGACAUUUAAAGUGAAGAUGCCAACAAUUGUCAUACUUUACAGUUUGUUUUUUCCUCCGGUAUCAAUAUGAAAUGGGGUGCUCAACUGUUUCACCAUCCUGAUCCCGUUCCUUAUGUGCUCAGAGUAUUCAAAUCGAUAGUAACAAAUAGUAACAACGAAGGUGACGACAAUAAGAAUAACUAAUGGUUGUGUAAAUAUUUUGUAUUGAAAGUGCCAGCUCCUAUGAAGACACUGACUCAACACAUGUGGAACUGUCAACUGUAUGCAUGGCUAGUAAACAAAAAAAUGGACUCUUACUGUUUGAGUUUAAUAUAGGCUGUGGAAAUGUGCAAACCAAACACACACACACACACACACACGUCUGGAUCUCUGGACACUGUCUCAGCUGUAUAUUUACAGUAUGUACGGGAACCAGGCUUUCCCCGUGUAACCAUUUUCAUUGUUGAUUUUAUAUUUUUUUAUGUGACCAUUUACUCUUUAUUCCCUCUCUGAAUGGUGACACUGUUACAUUUGACACCGAAACAAUAAAAGUGCGUUCAACACUC